AUGUUAAAGUCUCAGUUAGAUGAACCUCAGGAUAUAGAUGAUAUUUCAUCUUCCCUUUCUAAUACAACUAUUAGUGGCAGACAUAGUAUAGGGAUAGAUUCUUCAAGCUCUGCUACAUCAUCAUCAAAGUCUGAUAGAAGUAAAAACGAUCGUUAUAAAUAUGAUAGAGUUGAAACUUUAAAUUUAUUAAAAACUGCAAGUUGUCAUAUAAAUAAAUCUGCUCCAACAUUUCAUUUAGGAAAUGACGGUAUUGAAGUGGUUGAUGAAGAAAUAGCUAAUCAAAAAGCUUUAUCAAAUAUUGCUUCUGCAAAGGAUAUGAUUAGAAGACUAUCCUCAUCUAAUACUACUAAGAAUAAUAAUAACAAUAAUGAUACUACAUCUGAACAAAGUUUAAAAUCAAGUAAAAGUCAUUAUGAAUUUGCGUCUACUGCUUAUGGUGUUAGAAUGUUAAGUAAAGAUAUUUCUAAUGCUAGAGUGAAUUUAAAUGUUGAAAAUUUAAUUUUGGUAACAAAAUUAAAUGAUAUAUCUUUAGUAUUUUUAACAAGAGAAUUAGUUGAAUGGUUAUUAAAAACUUAUCCAACAAUGACAGUUUAUGUUGAAGAUGUAUUUAAAUCAUCCGAAAGAUUUGCUGCUACUGAAUUAUGUAUGGAUUCAAAAUGUAAACAAUCAAGAAUUAAAUAUUGGAAUGCAGAAUUUGUUAAACAACAUGAUAUUUUUUUCGAUCUUUGUAUUACAUUAGGUGGAGAUGGUACUGUGUUAUUUGUUUCUUCAUUAUUUCAAAAACAUGUACCACCAACUAUUUCAUUUUCUUUAGGUUCAUUAGGUUUCUUAACAAAUUUCGAUUUUGAAGAUUUUAAAUCAGAUUUACCUAUAGUAUUAAAGGAUAAAGUACGGACAAAUUUAAGAAUGAGACUACAGUGUAAAGUUUAUCGUAGACAUGAACCUGAAAUAGAUCCAGUAACUGGGAAAAAAAUUUGUUACGUUGAAUUUGUUAGUGAACAUCAUAUAUUAAAUGAAAUUACAAUUGAUAGAGGCCCAAGUCCAUUUUUAUCAAUGUUAGAAUUAUAUGGUGAUGGUUCAUUGUUAACGGUAGCUCAAGCAGAUGGUUUAAUUGUGGCAACACCAACAGGUUCUACCGCAUAUUCAUUAAGUGCAGGUGGUUCUCUUGUAUACCCAACUGUUAAUGCAAUUUCAGUAACUCCAAUUUGUCCUCAUACUUUAAGUUUUAGACCAAUUAUAUUACCUGAAAGUAUGACAUUAAAGAUUAAAGUAUCUCCAAAGGCUCGUGGUGGUGCUUGGGUUGCAUUUGAUGGUAAAAGUAGAGUCGAAUUACAAAGAGGUGAUUUCGUUACGGUAUCAUCAAGUCCUUAUGUAUUUCCAACUGUUGAAGCCUCUUCAACAGAAUUUAUUGAUAGUAUCAGUAGAUCUUUAAAUUGGAAUAUUAGAGAAGAACAAAAAUCUUUUACUCAUAUGUUAUCCACAAAGAAUAGAGAAAAAUUCAAUAAUGAAUUAUGCAAUCGCAGUGAUAGUAGUGAGGAAGAAUAUAUUGUCGAGAAAAGACUUACACCAAAAUUAAAGGAUAAUACUAUCAAUAUGGGUGGUACUAUUUAUGGAAAUAAUAAUGAGAAUGAUGACGAUGAUGAUGCUGAGAGUGUGGCAGCAGAUGAAAUUAGAGUAAUACGAAAGAACUCUAUUGCAACACAAGGUAGUCAGGAUUUAGACGGUACUAACGAUAAUUAUAUUGGUUCUGCAAUUCCACUCUAA